AGUGACGUUUGCUGUCGUGGCGUUGAAAGAGAAAGAAAGUUGAUAGUCGCCGAUCGGUUUGCGUCGCUGCAUAAGUUACUUUAAUUAUUUUCUAUUAAAAAUACAAAAUAAACACAUCAUGUAUCGCCAAAUGUUUGCGCUCUGCCUUGUUGCCGUUGUGUGUGCAACGGGCGCCUAUGGAAGCUGCAAGGCGACGUUGAAUGCCUUCAGUACACAGGAUGCCACAAUUCUCACCCAGCUCGCUCAUGUUGCCGAAUUCACGUUGCAGUGCAGCAACUCCGCCCAGCCCAGUCUCUUUGCAGAGUUCCCAUGCGGCAAGGUUGUUCCCGUUGCCAAGGUUGGCGACAGCAAGUACCAGGUGAGCUGGGUUGAGGACAUUAAGCAGGGCAGCAGCGGCAAUGUGCAGGUGCGUCUCUUCGACGAGGAUGGCUAUGCCAAUGUGCGCAAGGCGCAACGCGAUGGCGAUAAGGUGUCGUCGGUCAAGUCACUGCUGGACAUCACUGUGCCCACAAAGGGUGCCUACAAGGGACCAUGGAUCAAGGCCGAGCUUCUGGCUGCCUUCCUCGUUGGCGGCGUCGCCUAUUUCGCCUUCACCACCAAGAGCAAGGUGCAGUCCUAGGAUCAUUCUGAGAUCCACUUUUUGAAUGAAAUUCAUUCACCAUACCAUGUAGAAACAAAUCAAUGACAUUACUAGCGAUUCACACAUACAUACUGAAUACACUCAUAAUUUUCCAGAGAUUUUGUCACAUUUUUAUCAUGUGCGAGAAUCGUGUAAAUAAAAGUCAAAUUCCAUCAGAAAGUUACACGA